UGCAUCAUUCUAGAAAAGUUUGUUCUCUACGCAUAGCUCGUGGAACACACAGUAAGAAAAUGGCACAAGAAAAAUUUUAUGCCGUUGUUGAAUUUGAGGAUGGGCUUCAAAUUGUUCCAAAUAAUUGGUUGAAUUCGAAUUUAAACAAGGCUGUUUGGUCAAAUUUCACUAACAACAAGCGUUACUAUAAGGCUGUGAAAUUUAUGGAAAACCCAGAACCUACAUGGAUAGAACAUCCAAUUCGGAAAAUAUAUGCAAAAGACACAAACUAUGAAUUAGCAAGAAGAAAAUUAAAAGAUGCUGAAGAACUAUCAGAUAUCAAUUCUGGCACUGACAAAGACUUCCAAAAAUGCCUGUUAGGCCUGUACAUACCUCUGAAAAAAUGAAAAAGGCAAAAUUGUCACAGAAAGGUGAA